AACAUUUGCAAUUGGUUCUGCAGUUGUGUGUAUGUUAUUUUCAUCCUUAUUUAUGUGAAUACAUGCACAGAGAAGAGCCUGAUUUUACUACUGUGUCUACCUUCCAUGGAAAUGGAAAUUUUCUAUUGUGAAAAGUGAGAGAUGAGGGAGUCUCCUCAAAGUUGUGUGUAUGGUUUUACACAAGGCUGUAUAUAUGUUUGCAAGUCUUCUAUGGUGACAAAAGGGCAAAUUAUAAAUUUAAAUAGAUAGAAAGAACAUUGUAAUUCUAGAAAAGCAGGAUCCUGGAAGACUUUCUCUCAGGAUGUGGUAAAAUACUACUUCUGUAUCUGCUAAAUCUACUGAUGGGGCAAGAAAUUUCUUGAGAGAGCUCUUGUGAGACAGACCACUAGAGCAAAUGUUUUAAGAACAGAGUUUGUGAAAAAGCUGUGAUUUAGAGAAGUCAUUAAGAAAAUACCUGCUCAUAAGUGGAGUGUAUUCUAUCCUGUUUUAUCUUUAAAUUAUAUCUGUUACCAUAUUUUCCUCUUCUUUAAAAUUAAAAAAUAUGAAUUUUUAAGAGUGAAUAAUGGAAAAAGUUGUUGGUUUUGUACAAAGACAUAACCUACCUCCUGAGAUUUUAAUGUUUUGUGUAUUUCUGUGGUCAGGAUUAUUUCAAGGACUCAUCCCAUCUUAGAGCUAGGCAAGAAAAGACCUGCCUGGUAAUUUGAGUGGAGAUUUGCAAGGAGGGAGGAGGAAAGAGAAAGGGAAGAAGGGAAGCAAGCACUGCAAGAAGCAGUGUGGAUGACUCAAUGCAUGGCACACUUCUGAGUCAGUCUGGUAAAGUAAGCCACAGCAGGCGGAAGUGUCAUCUUUGGCUCUUGCAGAAAAUCCUGAUCAGCUAAAUGUUUGUCAGUAGUACUCAGUAGGACUCAAAGAACAAAGAUGUGGUUAGAAAUCAUUUGGAAAAGAAUCCAGAAAAACCCAGUAAUUGUUUAUAAAUCCAUAGUGUGCUCAUGUUUUGAAGACAAUAUGCAAGUUCUGUCCUGUCCUCAAGUUGUAGCAAAUCUGGAUGCAGUGCAGAAGUGGGUGGCAAAAAAAGUCAGAAUUAUGAAAUCAGAUUCCAUCUAAGGGAGAGUUACAGAAUCUACUACUGUAGCUUAGGAAAGCAAGAAGUGGGAAGGUGUGUGCUAGAGAUGUAAAAAACCCCAACUGCUUGACAAGCUGAAAUAGGAGAUGUUCACUCUUUUUUUUUUUUUUCUGGUGUAAUAAUUUGGAGCUGCCAGAUAAAACAAACAGGUAACAGGCUCAAAACAAGUCAAAGACCAUUCCUGUAUUUCAUGUGUCCUCUUUAAACUGUGUAAUUCCUAUAUUAAUUGUCUAAUGCAAAAGUUGACUUUAAAUUAUGGAAGUUCAUAUUGGAAACCGCUAAUUGAACAUCUUUUUUCCAUUUUGCAGGGGAACAUGACAUCAAAAACACUGUUUUCAUGUAACAUUGCAACAGCAUUUCUGUCUUUAAUUGUUGCAAAAAAAUGUGAAGCUUAUGAUGUGAUGUUGAAGCAAAUUCUUGUGCCUGAUGGGCAGCCUCUUGCUAUUAAAUGUUCACUGGAAAAGAGCUUGAAAAGUGGAGACUACAACUUAACGUGGUAUAAAGUUGGUAACCAAAGAGCUGUGCCUAGAGACAAACUCUCUAGAGUUCAUCAGCAGAAGAAUCUAAUUUGGUUUCUUCCUGCAAUGUUAGAAGAUUCUGGAGAUUAUGAAUGUGUCAUAAGGAAUUUGACAAGCUGCAAGAAAAUGUGUACAAAAGUAACAGUUUUUGAGAGGAUUGAUGGUUUGUGCUUAAAUGAAAAAUUUGCUGUGGAGGAGGUGAUAUUCACAUCAUCUUCUGCAAAGGUUGUGUGUCCCCACUUGGAUUAUUUCAGGAAAGAGAAGAAUAUGCAGCCUGUUCGUUGGUAUAAGGACUGCCAGCUGCUGAAAGGAAAAAGGUUUGCCAUUUCAAACAGUGACCUUAUAAUUUUCAAUGUGACUGUACAUGAUGGAGGAAACUAUACAUGUGAAACAACAUAUACCUACAAUGGGAAACAAUAUAACAUUUCACGAGACAUCAGUCUGGUUGUAGAAGUGACUCCACCAAAAAAGCCUCCAGAAAUAACCUACCCAAGAAACAACUCCAUUGAAGUGGAACUUGGCUCACAGGUUACUGUGGAUUGCAACACCACAGGUGCUGAUGGGUAUGAGGUGUACUGGACAGGCAACGGUAUUGAUGUAUUUUACAUGAGCAGAAUUUUUGCACGUCCCUAUGAGGGAGAAACUUCUCACGAUGGGCGCCCUAUGCAUUCUGUGAAGCUAAUAAUUUCAGAAGUAAGCAGUGAAGAUUAUGAACAGCCUUUUGUCUGUCAAGCUUCAAAUGCCUUUGGGCAAGUUGCAUCCUAUAUUAUAUUAAAACACAGAGUUCCUGACAUACGAAGAUGGCUGACUGGAGGGCUUGUCUCUUUGUUAAUUUUAACAUUUAUUACUUUAAUAAUCUACAAGAUUUUCAAGAUUGAUUUGGUGCUUUGGUACCGUAAUUCUGUCUGUGCCCUUACAAGUGAGGAAGAUGGGAAAAUCUAUGAUGCAUAUGUCCUGUACACAAAAAGCAGUGAAGGCAGAAGUAUAUGUUGUCUGGAAACCUUUGUUCGUAGGAUACUCCCAGAUGUUUUAGAAAAACAAUGUGGAUAUAACCUUUUCAUAUUAGGAAGGGAUGAUUUACCAGGAGAAGCUGUGGUCAGUGUUGCUGAUGAAACCCUUAAGCAAAGCAGAAGACUGAUGAUUAUUUUGGGAUCAGAAACACCUAGAUGCUGCCUGUUGGAAGACACCUCUGAGCAACAACUAGCUAUGUAUAAUGCUCUCAUCCGUGAUGGGAUUCAAGUGAUUCUUAUAGAAAUAGGUGAAAUACAGGACUACACAAGCAUGCCAGAAUCAAUCAGAUACAUUAAGCAAAAACAUGGAGCUGUUCAAUGGAAAGGGGACUUCUCAGAGAAAUCUUGUUCAGCAAACACAAGAUUCUGGAAGAAUGUGCGCUACCAAAUGCCAUCCAGGAAAAAGGGAUCUUAUUCUGAAAUGCAUUUGUUGCCCCUAACGUCGAACAGUUCUGCAGCAAAGGAAAGUUAAGAAGCACUUAUUUAAGUGAUAUUAAGAAGGUAAUUCUGAAUUGGGAUGUUUCUUGCAUAUUCUUUAUACUACAAAGUAGAUGUUUUGUUUGAGGAGUAGAAACUGCUCAUUCCUUCAAUAAACUGCACCCUAAAAGAAAAAACUCUGUGCAACUUUAUUUCUGUUCAGGUUUUGGAUAGUGACACAAUUUGUUGUGUUAGUCUCCAUCAAAUAUUAUAAGUAAACAUGAUGAUGAUGAUGAUAUGCUAUUAAUUAGCUGUGGUCCACAUAAAUGCUGUAUGAAGAAACAGCUAUGAAGUCCAUUUUUUAAAAAUCAAAACUGCAGUUGAUAAAUUAAAAGUCUGUUUCUGUCAUCAGCAUUUUCCUAGUCAUUCUGUUCCAAUUCUUGUCUCUCCAUGACUGUCUGAUUUCCUUAUUGCUGCAAGAAUCUGCUCUGUGCAAGCUUUGUCUGCUGGGCAACAGACCUUACCUUGCUUCUUGAAAGGGUUGGGGAAAUACAUGACAUAGCAGGUAUAUUGAAAACUCAUCACAACACUAAAUGUGUUUCUGCUGAACAGUUGGUGCUAAAUGUGUUCAGCAAAUGGAAGGGAAUGAAAUAUGUGGAUUUUUAGAAUGUUGAACAAUUCUGUGAUAUCUGGUGUAUGUCUACUUUUUAAACAUAGUCUCUAAUUCUUAGGAAACUGAAAAUAGUUUGUGUUUCUUGAGAACAGGAAACUUUUUAGGCUGUGCUGCUACUCUGGAAACCAGAUGUUCUCAUACUGUGUCUCAGCUGUGCUAACUGCAUGCACAGAAAUUCACUGAAAAUCUAUCAAAGAACUGUGCUUGGGCUGGGUACCCUGCAGAGUGGAAAGUGGCCAGUUCUGAAACAUGACCAAAUUCCAAUGGCAAGAAAUGGUAUCUCAACUACUUGUGAAAGAAGAAGUUAGAAGCAUGUGGCUAUAUCAAGCUGCUUGAGAGUAGCUUGGUAUUUCUGGAUCCCAAUCCACUUUUGGUGUGCAUCACUGUGAGAAAAUGGCAUACCACUUCCUUUUCAAGGUGGUCUGAAGCAGCAGGAGUUUUCAGGCUCCAGCCUUGAAGAACAUAAUCUAAAUGCAAAUAUGAAUUUUGCUUGCUUUUUAAAAAUUAUUUUCUGAAGUUAUGUAGGCUCUAACAUCAUGUUUAUUGCCAGGAUAGCAUCUGUUGUGGAAUUUCUUUCAGUUGGUUCUCAGAGGUAUGUCUAUCUAGAAUAUAUUCUUUAUGGGCUGUAUUGAUGGGAGAGAAAGCAAAAUCUAGGAGUGGAAAUAUAUAAUCAAAGGGAAAGAUUUCCAAUAGCAUUUCAUAGUACUUUUUUUCUUUGUAAAGGUGUAGUAAAUACUCCUUAGGAGCAGUGUCUCAUUCUCCUGGCUGUGGGGUUCACAACUGCGUAGUUUUCCACAGCCUUCACUGACUAGAGACUUGUUCUGAGGUGCCACCAGGAAAACUGGGAACAGGGUAGAUUCAUCAGAUGAGGCAUUAUUGUCCUACUAGAUGUUGAAUCCAUGUUCUUUGGAAAGGCAUAAUAUUUAGGUUGGAACCUUUAGAAAAAUAAAUUUAGGGACUUGGAGAAAUCAGAUAAUCAUAACUGUCAAUUUUUUACAUUGUGUUUAGAUGUAGCUUGCUCAAUAAAGUAUUCAAAAUAAGUUUAUUUCCUUCCUUUUUAAAAUUUGUGUUUAAAAACAGAACCUUUUUAUUUUCCAUGCAGAGGGAGAAAAAUACUUUGGAAAAGAGGUUGAAACUGUGGUAAAUUUUUUCAGCUUCCGUAUUUCAUAUGCUUUGAAAUUAAAAACCCAAACAAACUAAUGACUAGGAAUUGCAGUACUACAUAAAAAUAAAUUGAUUUGCAAUGUGCUGGUAUUUUUUUUUCUUCUGUGAAUGUGCCGUUCAGAUUUUUUGCUGUUCUUUCUCAUAGAUCUUUUCAGAGGUUUGUCACAUUAUUCAAGAUAAUAAUUUUCCCAUUUCUCCACUGAGACUCCUAAUGACUCUUAAGUGAAGACAGAUUAUUGUGAGUCAGCACUGAUUUACCUGGUACUUUCAUUUAAACAACCACAUUUAGUAUGAUUAUUUUGUGUCCUUCUAUAAAAAUGAGUGUGGAAGAUGAGUUUUGAUUGUCACGGUUGAUUGUUAGCUAGCUACUUCAAUGUACCAUGACAUGAGAUGGCUUAUUCUUAAGGGGGCUGAAUUUUGAAGCAGAAUUUUGUCUCUGUUUUCUCUCCUUGGAAAUUGUUUUUUGCAAGUCAUUUAAGAAAACAGUAUUAUUUUUUUUUUUUUGUUAUACAAUAAAAGAAGUCCCCUAGACAC